CAGCAGAAACCAUCAGAGCCCAUACCAGCCUGGCUUCUGUGCCUUUGGGAUAUAGGAGUGGAUGGGGUUAUUCUGUUUGGAUCAGAGAUGGGAAAUUUGGCCUCCCUGACAACUCAACCUGGCCUGUGGCAGCAACUGCAGAAUGCAUAUCAGACCCCAGGGAAUCAUUCACUUCUCGAGUGGGUAAUGGCUGCACUUACCACUGUAUGGCCUAAUCAGGGAUGGGAUGACUUACCAUCCUCCCCUACUAGGUGGCAGAUGUAUACUGAGCUCCAACAGGUGUUCUGGGAGUUGGGUAUGUAAAAUGCCAUUUAUAACCCAGUAAAUUAUGGCCCAGAUGCAGAGCUGUUUAUGGCAGGGAUGAGGGAUGCAGUGCUGCAAACGGUUUCCUCAUCUCUCUUUGGGCCCUUUGUGGCCAUUCUUGCCCCUCACUUAGGGCAGCCUAUAAAUUUGGUUACUCAUACUGUGGCAGAUUUGGGGGAGGCUGAAGCAAUGCGGACAUGGAAGGGAGUGCAGGCUACUAUUGAGAAGAAGGGUGGGUCUAAAGGGCCCUGUGAAGGUCACGAGCACCCAGAUAUAGGUUAAUUUAAUAGGGGCAGGAGCAGACAGAAAUUGGAUGGGAAUUAAAAAGAAUCUUACUAGCAACAAUUGAAGCUGGAGUGGUGGUUUCAGCCACUGAGGACCAAGAAGCAGAGGCUGGAGAUAGAGCUACAAGCCUAGCCUGUGUGUCUGCAAGACUUCCUGUGGGAAGAGUAUGAUCGGUUGGGCUUCCUCCUGAAGCUGGACUCUAAACUGCCUGCUGAGUUAGCCACCAAGUACGCCAACUUUUCAGAGGGAACUUGCAAGCCUGGCUAUGCUUCAGCUUUGAUGACCGCCAUCUUUCCCCGGUUCUCCAAGCCAGCACCCAUGUUCCUGGAUGACUCCUUCCGCAAGUGGGCCAGGAUCCGGGAAUUUGUGCCGCCUUUUGGGAUCAAAGGUCAAGACAAUCUGAUCAAAGCCAUCUUGUCAGUCACCAAAGAGUACCGCCUGACCCCUGCCUUGGACAGCCUCAGCUGCCGCCGCUGCAUCAUCAUGGGCAAUGGAGGUGUCCUCGCCAACAAGUCUCUGGGGCCAAGAAUUGAUGACUAUGACAUUGUGGUCAGACUGAACUCAGCACCAGUGAAAGGCUUUGAGAAGGACGUGGGCAGCAAGACCACGCUGCGCAUCACCUACCCUGAGGGCGCCAUGCAGCGGCCUGAGCAAUACGAGCGUGAUUCUCUGUUUGUUCUCGCUGGCUUCAAGUGGCAGGACUUCAAGUGGUUGAAGUACAUCGUCCACAAGGAGAGAGUGAGCGCCUCCGAUGGCUUCUGGAAAUCUGUGGCCACUCGAGUGCCCAAGGAGCCUGCUGAGAUUCGCAUCCUCAACCCAUAUUUCAUCCAGGAGGCCGCCUUCACCCUCAUUGGACUGCCCUUCAACAACGGCCUCAUGGGCCGAGGGAACAUCCCGACCCUUGGCAGUGUGGCAGUGACCAUGGCACUCCACGGCUGUGAUGAGGUGGCAGUUGCAGGCUUUGGCUACGACAUGAGCACACCCGAUGCGCCCCUGCACUACUAUGAGACCGUGCGCAUGGCAGCCAUCAAAGAGUCUUGGACACACAAUAUUCAGCGAGAGAAAGAGUUUCUGCAGAAGCUGGUGAAAGCGCGUGUCAUCACUGACCUAACCAGUGGCAUCUGAGGUGGGCCCAGCACAAGGCAGCAGAGGUCCUGGCACCACCAAAAGCAAGCAGCAGCCACCGCCACCUGUCCACCUCACUGGCCUCGGUCUGACUCUGCCUGAGAGGCACAGGAGUCUUCAGACCCAGAGAAGGACAGUGCCAAGUGGCCCCAGCAGUGGCAAGGCCUUGGCCAGGCAGCCAGAGCUGUGUCUGCUCAGAGGCCAGCCCAAGAGACCAGCACUCAGCCUCCCUCUCAGCCUGCAUCCUUGAAGCCAGAGGGCUGGGAGGCCACUGGCGGUGCCCAGCAGGCCCAGCAUGCAGGCGGUGGGCACUAGGCCACAAGGCUGCUGAUGGAAUCAUGUCUCCAGUCAGUGUUGGGUGUAUUAUCAUUUUGUGAAUUUGGGUGGGGGGAGGGAAGGGAUAAUUUAUUUUUAAAUAAGGUUAGAGUUUGGUCCACUUGCCGUGCAGAAAAGUGGUCACUAGGGGCCCAUCAGGCAGUGGAAGCAGUGGGCUCCCCGUAGAGUAGGGAGUGCCAUGACAAACCUGUACCCUGCUCAGGACUGCAGGGAGGUGGGCAGGAUCGCAUGCCAGCCCCACCCAGCUCAUGACACUAUUUGGCCUUUCUUGGGGAGAAGAUGGGAUAUUCCCACUCACUAGCCCCUAACUGUCCCACAGGGAAACCCUGGAGCCAUUAUUUAAGCCAACAAGACAGACCCUGGGCUGGAGCAGAGAGAACUUCAGAGCUCGGGAGGUGAGGCCCGGCCCAGCCUGAAGGUAAUGGCCCCCUCCCCAGCUGUAGUUGAUCCACAGGACAGUGCCCCAGGCCUGGACUGACUUGGCAGCUGUUCUGGGUUUUAGAAAUGAGACUGCCAGGUCCUUGGGUGCUGCCUUUAGCCUGGAGCAGAGAGAAGUGGCUGUGGCAGCCACCUGGGCAGCCAUCAUGGAAGCAAGCAAUAAAGCUCUUCCCUGAACCUG